AAAAAGGUAGCAGCAGACGCAUGGAGCGCGCACUCAAUUUCUGACAGCUGAACGCGGACAUACCUUACAUUCUGUCUGCACAUCUUUAAUCAGAACAUUUGGAUUACAUUUGGAGGCACCGGGCUGACGCCAUGCACCCUUGUUUUUUCCGCGUGUUUUUUCAUGGGUUUUUGCUCAUAUUUUCAGUUUUAUGCGAAGCUGCUGCUUUCAACCUGGAUUUGGAAAAGCCAACGGUUUACAAUGGACCAGAGGGAAGUUAUUUUGGAUACUCACUGGACUUUUACCACCCAACACAGGAUGGAAACGCCAUGUCGGUGCUGGUUGGGGCUCCUAAAGCGAACACCUCUCAGCCAGGGAUUGUGGAGGGAGGAGCGGUGUACUACUGCCCCUGGCCGGCAUCAGACCCAGACUCCUGUCGUCAGAUCCCCUUUGAUAAAGCAAAUAACCGGAUGAUUAAAGUGAACGGGACACGGGAGCCUCUAGAAUUUAAAUCCCAUCAGUGGUUUGGAGCCACAGUCAGGACCCACAAAGGCAAAGUGGUGGCUUGUGCGCCCCUCUAUCACUGGAGGACCGUGAAGGUCAGCAGUGAGAUGGAUCCAGUGGGAACUUGUUAUGUGGCUGUGCAGAACUUUAGUGCCUAUGCUGAGUAUUCACCGUGUCGAACCAAUAACCCGGACCCCGAGGGCCAGGGCUUCUGCCAGGCGGGCUUCAGCGUUGAUUUCACUAAGGAAGGGACUCUGGUUGUGGGAGGGCCAGGGAGUUUCUACUGGCAAGGUCAAGUGAUCACUGCAGGAGUUGCAGAAAUAUUGAACGGCUAUUCUCUGAAAACUAUUCUGCGUAAAGUUCAGGGAGAGAAGCAGACUGUGGCUGCAUCAGACACAUAUGAUGACAGUUACCUAGGUUACUCUGUAGCGGUCGGAGAGUUCACAGGUGAUUCGGAACAAGAACUGGUAGCAGGGGUACCUCGAGGGGCGCACAACUUUGGUUAUGUGGCUGUGAUCAACGCAACAAACCUGACAUUUAUUCAGAAUUUUACUGGGGAGCAGAUGGCCUCUUAUUUUGGAUACACUGUUGCAGUGACUGAUCUAAAUGGAGAUGGUCUAGAUGACAUGCUAGUUGGAGCUCCACUCUACAUGGACCGUGAGUUUGAGAGUAAACCGCGUGAGGUGGGCCGUGUGUACUUGUACUUGCAAGAGGACGUGCUUCUCUUCUCCCCUUCCAUCACUCUCACUGGAAUGCACCUGUUCGGCCGGUAUGGAAGUGCCAUCGCCCCUCUCGGAGAUAUCAACCAGGAUGGCUACCUUGACUUGGCAAUAGGGGCUCCAUUCGCAGGGGAGGAUCGUGGUGGCAGGGUCUUCAUCUAUAAUGGGCAAAAAUCUGGGCUGAUGUUACAGGCAUCUCAAGUGCUGAAAGGCGACUGGGCCUCAUCCGGCAUCCCAGCAGGCUUUGGAUUCACCCUGCGAGGAGAUUCUGACCUCGAUAACAACCAGUACCCUGAUUUGCUGGUCGGUGCAUUUGGCGUGAGUAAAGUUGUGGCCUACAGGUCAAGGCCAGUGGUCACGGUGGACGCUCAGCUGAUUUUGACACCCAGAAUUCUCAAUCCUGAGGACAAGUCCUGCCGCAUGCCCAAUUCUGAUGACAUGGUAACCUGUCUGUCAGUAAAUGUGUGUGCAAAGAUCUCUGGGAUUGGUAUUCCUGAUUAUGUAGCUCUAAGAAUGGACCUGCAGCUGGAUUGGCUGAAGCAGCGUGGAGCAGUUAAGAGGAUCUUGUUCAUGGACUCUCACCAGCACCAGAGAACCCAACAGUUGGUUCUGGGUCAACGGGACCGCCAACAUUGCCACAACUACUCGGUUUACCUGCGGGAUGAGGGAGAAUUCAGAGAUAAGCUGAGUCCUAUCAGCGUGACACUGAACUACAGUCUGGACCAGAACUCCCCUCCACCUGGCCUCCAGCUGCGGCCCAUUUUGGACCACUACAGCAAGACCUUCCACCAUGAGCAGGCAAACAUCCUGUUGGACUGUGGGGAAGACAACAUGUGCAUCCCAGAUCUCAAACUUUCUGCUAAAAUGGACCGGACUGAACUUAUAAUCGGGGAUGACAACUUGCUUAUGUUGAUCAUUAAUGCAGCCAAUGAGGGUGAGGGGGCAUAUGAGGCGGAGCUUCAUGUGACCCUCCCACCAGAGGCGGACUAUAUUGGUGUGGAGCGCAGACGUGAGGAUCUUCAGCGGCUGAACUGUGAGCACAGGACAGACAAUGAUACCAGAGUUGUGGUUUGUGACCUGGGAAACCCAAUGGUGACUGACACAAACUUGUCAGUUGGUUUACGGUUUUCUGUACAGAGGCUGGAAGAUGCCCCUCCUUCCAUUGGCUUUGAGCUGCAGAUACACAGCUCUAAUAAGGACAACUCCAGAAGCGUUCCAGUGAAUUUGACUCUAAGCAUUGCAGCGAGCGCACAGGUGGAGAUCAGAGGUGUGUCUCACCCAGCUCAGGUUGUUUUGCCUUUUCCUCGAUGGGAACCCAAAGAGAAACCUGUGAGAGAGGAUGACGUCGGCCCUCAGGUUCAACACAUAUAUGAGUUACAUAAUAAGGGUCCAAGUUCAAUAGGCAGGACUGUAUUGGAGGUGGGAUGGCCCAGUUGGUACCGUGAGGAACACCUCCUUUAUGCCCUUCAGAUCGUUACUGACGGACCUGUUCACUGCAGUGUUAACGGCUCCCUAAACCCGCUGAAGUUAGAGACCUCCACUCUUCAGGACACUCCAGAAUUACUGGGCUUUCUGAGGAACAGCAGCGGUUCAACUCGCCAUAGACGAUCUGUUUCUACAGCCCAGAGUUACAACAGCAAGAUUCUGAACUGCUCAAAUAUCAACUGCCUGAUGGUGGAGUGUGAUGUGGAUCGCUUGGAUCGAGGGCAAAGUGCAGUGAUCAAGUUCAGAUCUCGACUCUGGGCUCACACCUUCUUACAGAGACGGAAUGACCACUACACGCUAAACUCCACAGUGUCCUUUCAAGUGAUGUCCAUGCCUUAUCGGAUCAAAGCUGAUUCACUCCCACACCAGAGGAAAUCAAUUGGCACAUUUGUGGUGUGGGCCAUUCCUGAUGUUUCUUUUGCCAUUCCCCUGUGGGUAAUAAUUCUGGCUAUACUGCUAGGUCUGCUGGUGCUGGCUAUGCUUAGCCUAGCAAUGUGGAAGUGCGGCUUCUUCGAUCGGGCGCGGCCACCCAAAGACGAUGACGUGUCAGACCGCGAGCAGCUGACCGCAGAAAAAUCCACAGAUGCGUGAGAGCAGAACAGAUGACAAUUAUGAAUAAAGAGUUCAUGGGAUGAAUCACCAUGAAGAGAGUGGAGGGGCUAUGUCCGAAGGUUUCGGUAUCUUUGUAGAAGACUACAGAUCCAAGCCUGUAAAUAAACUACAGCUCUCACACUGGACUGCAAUCUGUGAGCUGGGCCACAGUACCACUCAAAAACAUUUCUAAAGCUUUAUUUAAAAUGACGGAAGAGCAAGAACUAUGGACGUUGCACUCUGAUAGAGCUGCAAUAUCCACAGGAUCCAAAGUACAAGACUACAGGCUGAUCAAUGCAAUCCCAAAGAUUUAGAUCUCACUCUCUGAUCAACUCCAUCGACUUACAUUGAAGCACAGUGAUAAUUUUUGACAAUAUAUUGUUUAAAACUUCCAAUGGAACUUAAGAUCAUAUCUUCUCAUCACCAGCUCAGCACAAACUCUGGAUAAUCCCACAAUAUGCUUCACAUUGGCCACAUACACACUGCAGCUAAAUAUGGAUUCACUCCUCUUUUAAGACAUUUCUGAUAUUUCUUUCAUUUCAUAUUUAAAUAUCAAACACCAAACAGGUUAAACUGUUCCAUAUUUCAUGUUUACAGCCGAGGGAUUAUUACUUUAUUAUUAUGAUUAUUACUGUGGCAGUUUCAGGAGUGACUCCUGUUUUAUGUACACACACAGAACAAUAAUUUAGGAGAUUCACACCCACACUUGUAUAUGGUUGUCACUCUCAAAACUUUGCAGUGUGUUAACAGAGUGUUUAAAAAUAACACAGAAAGUGACAUACUGUAUGCAAAUAAUUGAUGUCACCUACAAGUAUACUUUAUGUAUUGUCAGAAAAUGAUUGAUGAUGGUGUAGUGGUAAAUUCUGCGAUCUGACUAGAAUCUUUAUUCUUACAAAGCUGGUCUGUUGCAUCAUCAGCCCACAAUGUAGUUUCACAGCAUUGUCUCAUUUCACAUGCCUUGUCAAUGAUUGUACUCAUUACAUAUUGAAGCUUGUAAAAGAAUAGCUCACUACGUACAAAGAUGGGGAUGGGGGGUUAUGAGCAGAUAUAAAUUAUAUGUGCAAUAAUGGGACAUUUUUGAGUUGAUAAUUUGUGUGUACACUGGCUCCAAAAUGUUUAAAACCUGAGGUUCAGGUUGUUUUGUAUAUAAAGUUAAAAUACUUAUUUGUCAGGCUUUGUCAGAGAAUAUUUCUUUUCCAAACUAAAGGGAACAACAAUAUUUUGUCUUUCAGCUAAAUGCAUCGAUAAAUCACCAAUCACGUUAGAUGACAUGGGCACAUUUAUUUCAUCUGUUGGGAAUUCUUCUUUUUUUUUUUUUU